AUGGAUGUGCAAACCUUUUCUGCUCCUCCUCCUCCUUCUCUUCUCGCGAGCUGCGGGCCAUACACGGCGAAAGUGGCAGCAGCAAGGAGGAGAGCAAGUGAGGCGAGCGAAAAUCUGGAUUCGGCCAGCAGAGACCCAGAUUGUGCAAACCCGACCCUUGCCAAAGUACGGGAUAUACCGCAUAGGAUUGGAGGAUGUCGUCUGUAUUCGAUCGAGAGGCCAGAAGCCGAGAAUACACUGUCCGUGGCAGGCUGGCCCCGAGCGUCAGAAGCCAACGGCGCAAGGCUCAUUCGGAAGAAGGGGUCCAACUGCGCAGUUCCUCAUGCGCUGGACGAGAAAUUGCGAGUGAGACCAGUCCUCGUGCACGGGUUCGCGCCCGUUGUCGCUACGGAAGGCUGA